UCUUGAACGGAAAUUUAAACACGGACGUUGCGAAGACAAUAUUGCACGACGCGACGAAACCAGGUUUAAACACCCGUUUAAAACUAUUUCUGUAUAUUUACGCAUAAUGGCAAAACACUUGAAAGACAAAGAAGCACACCUAAGACUUAACUACCUCUAUCAGGCUGCUCAUUGUGUCCUCUCUCAAAACCCGGAGAACGUAGAGCUGGCCCGUUUCUACUGUUUUACUCAGCGCACCAUCGCAAGACGUCUCGUACUAAGACAGGAUCCAUCAGUGAAAAGAACAUUAUGCAAGAAGUGUUGCUCAUUGCUCAUCCCGGGUGUAACAGCAACAGUGAGGCAACGAAGGAAAAAAGGCAAGACUCGUUCCACUGUGCUGCGGUGUCUCAGUUGUAAGCAAAGCAAGACACUACUGAACAACCCGGAUCAUUGCUUAUGGGUGGACCGUCCAGAGGCUCAGCUAGAGCAUCAGAAACAACCAGCUCAAGAUGCUUCUGCUAAAAAUCUCACAAAGGUGUCAGAUGAUCAGUCUGCAUCCCCCAAACCCAGUACAAGUUCCUCCACUACAUAACAUACCUCAAUAACAUUACAUAUUUGCAUUUUAUUACAUUUUGCCAAACUUUUUUUUUUCAAAAAUAUUUCUAAACUAAUUUAAUAUAAUGUGGUUUGAGUUCAUUUGGUCGAGGUCCUACACAAAUGUCCAAUUUUUAAAACAUUGAAAACAAUGUGCAAAAAUCCAGCUGAAAUAGUUUCUGGAUUUCCCAUAUGUUUUUCCAUUUAGUAGUAUUUUUUUGUUAACCAUGUUACAUGGAAGCGUCUUGUAUUAAAAUACUGAAAUGUAAAGUAAUGUCGCUCAUUUUUUCUUGUCUUUUGCUCCACUUUUGGGCGCUCGGAAACGUGUCUUCUGAAAGGACAGCACGUUCUUGGCAAAUAUCCUGGGAAUGUGGCCCAUAUGCAAGAGGAGAGCCAGCGUCAUUCCUAGAAAAUAUAGAUAACGCUUUAAAUCCAUGCAUUCUCAUUGUGGUAUUUAAUUUCUUUAGGCGACAUGUACCUAUGACAGGGGCCAGCCAGUAGACAAAGGCGUACUCUGCCAAGGUGAAACCAGGACAAAAGAACGUCAUGCCGUAGGCUAAUGAAGGGUUGAUGUAAGCUGCGGUGUAACCUUUGGCUGCAGAUGGACAAACAACGUUUAGUAGUGUUAUUUAAUUAUAAAUUAACAUGAGAGCCAGAUGCAUCAUACCUGUGUGGGCCAGGAAGGUGAGGAGGAUGGCAAUGAGGGGUACCCGGAUGAAAGCAGACCUUCGUCUCAGGAAGAGGUGUACGAGGUUAAAAAUGAGCGCACACACACACUCUGUGAAAAAGCCCUGCAGCAAGGAGGCCAGCAAGGACGUGCUGCACUCACUGGACAUCAAGUUUUUGAUCAUGUGCAUGUCAGUCAGCUCCAGGCUCCAGUAGUAUUCAGCCACAUGCAGGGCGAGAUGGGCCCCGAGGAACUGGAAGACUACUGCCAGAACAGUGGUGAGCACCGUGGCCUCCAGCUGCAGGAACCUCAUCAAGAUCAGGCUGGGAUUCCCCGAAGCGCCCUCGCUAAUGAUCCCGUGAGUAAGCAGCACUACAAACAGUAUAGUCGCCGUCACGUCAGGGCCCAAUCCCCCAGCCCACUCACCAAUCUCCACAAUGGUCUGCACCUCUAGCCAGCACGCCACCAGCAUGAAUGACGACGAAAACUCCAACAGGAAAGCCAAGCGUGGCCAUUUUUUAAGCAGUGGAUGCAGUGAGGCGCCGAAAACCACGCAGGCCAGGAAGUAGCCGAGAGAGGCAUUGAGUCCGGACAUGGCUCUGAAUUACAACUUGUCUGACAACGUGGCUCAUGCAAAGACACAUUCCUUAUCAAGAGACACGUCAGGGUUGUGUCCUGCUAACACCUGCCAAAAUACACAUGGGCCUUUUGCAAGGUCAGGUCAAGAAGCAGGUCAUAUAAUAACAUCAAGUCAUUUAAUCUAUUAAGUGUUUUUUGCAAUGGAUUCUGCUGUCAUAUUACAUAGAAAC